UCUAAAAAGCAAGAGACCGAAAAAAGAGCUAUCGAUUUCUCAAAGUGAAGCGCACAAUGUGUACAGAAAGAAAAAACGUAUUGCAGACAGGAUUGAUCUAAUGUCAUCGGAGAAGAGCCUCAAUCCGAUGGUUUUGCUAUAUCUUGAUGGACAUGGAACGGUUAAAGCUGCUGGAACGCCCGGCCUUCGUCGAGAAAUCUUGAAUAUUUCCCGAGAUGCCAUGUGCAAAUAUGUUGAAGACAAUUCUUUGAUUACAACUGACUCCCCAAAAAGCUGUGAAGACGUUUAUCAAGUGCAGGAGAUACGCUCUGAUCUUGUUGAUCCUGAUGCUUUGGAAGAAAUAAAACAAGGGACUUGGUCGUGCAAAGAGCUACGGAAACUGGUUUUAAAUAUGGUUCUCCCAAGAACAGCUGACAUCGACAAGAAAGGAAAACGGAAGUGGAAAGUGGCUAGAGUGAGAGACUUUUGGCUUAAAGCAGAGAAACCGUUGUUUUGGCCUCCUCACAUCCCAUUUGUUUCGCCAUCUGCCAGGAUUAAUCAACCUUCAGAGGAUGAUUACGAUGAAGAAGAAUUUGAUGAUAAAACAGAACUCUCGAGAAAAAUUUUAAAUAAGAAAGAACUGAUAGAGAUCGCUCUAUCGUAUGGAGAAUACGUUCAUGAAUUUACUGGAAAUGAAAAAAAUGAAGAGACAACACAAUCAUUUGGUCAAGGAAGACAAGAGAAAACUAAUCGAGAUGCGAAUGUUGGAAAAGAUACGUAUACAAGCGAAGAAGAUAAAAGAAGUGAUGAGAGCGAGAAAAGAGAAGAUUUCGAAAACAAAUUUGUUGAUAACGAAGCUGCAUUAAAUAACAUAAAAGAGGAUGAAAGGGAAGAGGAUACACAAUUAGUGAAUUUACAACAGAUGAGAGACAUGUACGAAAAAAGAGAAAUAGCUUGUAUUGUUCGCGCAAUGUUAAAAGACCCCCUAAAAUAUGUUGAAACAGCCUACGAAUUGUUGGACUUAGCUGAUACACAUCAACAUCCUAUUACGAAAAAUUUAAAGUAUGAAAUGCUAAUGUUUAUUGACUGAUUGAACGGUUCUAAUCUAAAUGACAAUUUGUUGAU